CAGAGAGGUUCCCUAAUCUUCUCCUGAGCUGAAACAGACACACGCGGGCUACACACCCCUCCUCCUCCCCCCUGCCAAACUCCAAGGCCGGGCAACGUCGCCAUACGGAACAUCCUGCGCUCAGCGGAGAGGGGGAGGAGAGAGAGAAGGAGGUGCGCACAGUCUCACUGCGAGAGAGAGAGAGAGAGAAGGAGGGAGGCUGGUCUGGCUCCUCUCCUGAUUCUUAAAUUAUCGGCCCCGUGCAGCAGAGAUUUGGAGCAACCUGCCGAGGAGACGCGUGCAGAGGGAGGCCCUGCGUUACCUUAGAAGGAGGCUGGGACCUGAAGGACUGAUGGUCACAUCUGAAGUUGGAUAGACUAUACUGAGACCCCCGGGAGCCAGAACAAAAAAAAAAAGGCAGGAACGGUAGCUUUCUACUCUUAUUUCCACCUCCCUGGAAGAGGGGAGCAGCGGCGGCACCGGGAGGCUGCGCCCGCAGAAACACCGACCAUGAAGCUGCCCUGGCUGCUGGCGCUCAGCGCGCUCCUCGCUCACUCCGCCACGGCGCAGACGUGGCCUCAGUCCGACGAUGACGAAGGCUCGACGAGAGAUGAUUUUUACGAUGACGAGGACCUCUACUCGGGCUCUGGCUCUGGCUACUCAGAGAUCAGCCUGAGACCGAAGACAACUGGUGUGACCUUCACCACAGAGGAGCCCCUCCUCCUCUCCACGACCCAGGCAACAAGCCCCGCCCCCUCUGCCUCACCUGCAGCCGAACCCAGCCCAAGCCCAGAUGAUGUUGCCUUUACCGUGCUUACCACUGAGGCCGAGGGAGAAAGCGGCAUCUACGUGGAGAGGGAGCUGGAGAAGGAGAGAGAAAGGGAGCUAGAGAUAGAGAGACAGAUGGAAAGGGAAAGGGAAAGAGAGAGGAUCAAGGAGAUGGAAAGAGAGAGGGAGAGAGAGAGGGAGCGGGAGAGAGAGAGGGAGCGGGAGAGGGAACGGGAGAGGCAGAGGGAGCGAGAGCUGGAGAGGCAGAGAGAGCUGGAGAGAAUCAGGGCGGCUCAGACCACCACUGCCCCUCGGUCGCCUGCUUUCUUCCCAAUGUCCACCACCAGCCUGUCAACCAGUGCUGUGGAGAGUGCAGGACCCUCUGCUGGUUCAGAAGACCUGCUCAUCCCAGAUGAAGACGACGUGUAUCUGUCACCCGAACCCACCUCAGAGUACCCCGGCGUUGACCUGAAAACCACCACAGAGGACGAUGUCCCCAUCAUAGCAGAGACCACACCCGAGCCUACAACACCUGUACUCACCACCACCACCACCACAGCUGCAACCACCCUAAAGACCAGAACCCCCUUCAGGCCAAGGGUUCCAGUGUCACGGCCUACUCAGGGAGUCCAGACAGAAAGAACGACGCGCCCAGAGCCGCCUACAACAACACAGGAGGGGAAUGAGGUGGGCCCCGCAGGCCCAAGCGGUGACUCAGAGAUCAGGGAAGAUCAACGGAACGGUCUGGGUAGAGGCUUACCGCCGGUGGAGCCCGACUUGAACGGGAACACGGUGAAUGGAGAGAGCUCUGCUGCACAGAUGCCACAGAAGAACAUCCUGGAGAGGAAAGAGGUUCUAAUAGCUGUGAUUGUGGGAGGUGUGGUGGGCGCCUUGUUCGCCGCCUUCUUGGUGAUGCUGCUGGUCUACAGGAUGAAGAAGAAGGACGAGGGCAGCUACACGCUGGAGGAGCCCAAACAGGCCACGGUCACCUACCAGAAACCCGACAAGCAGGAGGAGUUUUACGCAUAACCCUUCAGAUGCUGGGAAGAUGCACUUCACACCAGGCUGGGGGGAGGGAGAAAGAGUGAGAGAAGAAAGAGAAAUAUACUCUAAAGCCCCCCCUCCUCCUCCUUCUCCUUCUACUACUGCUUCUACUCGCCCCUUCAUCUCCUCAUCCCGCUCCUCCCCUCUCGUCUCCAAAAUGUUUGAGAGCGCCUUCUCUCUGGGGACUUUCUUUUCAAUGAAAAU